AUGGAGAUUUCUUCCCACCAGUUUCACCUCUUGCAGCAACUAAAUGAGCAGCGCAGGCAAGAUUUGUUCUGUGACUGCAACAUCCUGGUGGAGGGGAAGGUCUUCAAGGCCCAUCGCAAUGUGCUGUUCGCCAGCAGCGGCUACUUCAAAAUGCUCCUUUCGCAGGGCUCCAAGGAGACGACUCAGCCCACCACGGCCACCUUCCAGGCCUUUUCUCCCGACACCUUUACAGUCAUUCUGGAUUUUGUCUAUUCGGGCAAGCUGUCCCUCACUGGGCAGAACGUCAUCGAGGUCAUGUCGGCCGCCAGCUACCUGCAGAUGACCGACGUCAUCAGUGUCUGCAAGACCUUCAUCAAGUCCUCCUUGGACAUCAGUGAGAAGGAGAAGGAUCGCUACUUCAGCCUCUCGGACAAAGAGGUGAAUUCCAAUGGUGUGGAUCGAGCCUGCUUGUACAGCACAGGCUGGAGGGCAGAGAGCAGCCCCCCGCGCCCACACUUAAGUCCGGACCAAGGGACUUGUAUGAUGGGUGGCAACUCUUGGAGCAAUUUCAGCUACUACCCAACCUCUCAGAGGAACGCCCAGCAGCAGCAGCCGCCGCAGCAGCAGCAGCUGUCCAAACAUGAGCAGAGGCAAGAUUCCAGCAAGAAAUCCAGGCACCUGGGACUGCAGCAGCCCUCUGAUGUUCCUCACUAUAAAUCCAGCAAACUGGAGGACAGGGCUGCCGAGCCCCCUGGCCACGUCACGCAGCCUGAAGAGCAAGUUCCGAUCGAAGCAGAGGUUGAGUCUCCUCAUGUGGGUUACCAGUAUGGCCAAGGGGCUGAUGUGACACAUCGUUUUCUGCCAGAUGACCUGCCCAGGAUGAGGUUCAAGUGCCCCUUUUGCACUCACGUGGUGAAAAGGAAAGCAGACCUGAAGCGCCACCUCCGCUGCCACACGGGAGAGAGGCCCUACCCCUGCGAGGCAUGCGGGAAGCGCUUCAGCCGCUUGGAUCACCUCAGCAGCCACUUCCGAACGAUCCAUCAGGCCUGUAAGCCUAUCUGCAGGAAGUGCAAGCGCCACGUGACGGAGCUGACGGGACAAGUGGUCCAGGAGGGGACGAGGCGUUACAGACUCUGCAAUGAGUGCCUGGCUGAAGCUGGCAUAGACAGUAUCCGCAUUGACUUGGAGGCUGAAGCACCCCUGGAAUUCCCCCAAGACGGGGACAAAGAUUCCAGGUGGCAGUAUGGGGAAGACAACAGAUCCGACGUGGAGAUCGUGGAGGAUGGCUCAACCGAUUUGGUCAUUCAGCAAGUGGACGACAGCGAGGAUGAAGCAGAAGAAAAGGAAGUCAAACCAAAUAUUAGGUAGCUGUAAGA